AAUGAUACAUUUUAUAUCUCAACAAUGUUAUAAAUCAUAUAACAUAUUACAAAGGGAUAUAAUAUUAGAUAGUGUCAAAUCGUACCAACAAGAAUUGAUAAAUAAAAAAUAUAAUAACAUACGUAAAAAUAUGGAAAUUUAUAAAUGUAUAUGGAGGACAGAAAUGGCAAGUAUUAUAGAUCUUAUAGAUUCAGUGUACGUUAUUGAUAGUCAUAAGAUGCUUUCUUUACUUAACUGGUGUAAUAAUAUAAAUGACUGUUUAUCAGCAGAUAAAGUAAACUUUGGAAGAUCAUUGUGGAUACUUUUACAUGUGUGCAAUUUCGAGAUAUCUAUAGCCCAUUAUAAUGCACUUUUAAGUUUAUACAUGAAAAAUGGACAUAAUUUUUCAAUUAUGGAAUUAUUAAUGGACAUGAAAUCUAAACAAAUUUAUCCAAAUAAUAAUACAUACGAUAUAUGUAUUAAAUAUUACUGUAUGAACGGAAAUAUUGACAAAGCACUAAUACUUUUUAAAGAUAUGAAAACUGUACAUUUUUAUGCAACAAAAUCUAUCUUCAGUUCGUUAAUGUUAGGAUACUCUAAAUCUGGAGAUAUAGAAAAUGUAACUAAAAUUUUAAACCAUAUGAAAAAACACGAAUUACAGUCAACUACUGAAACAUAUGCUGUUCUUAUAUCUACUUAUGCUGAAUUGAAUAAUAUUGUUAAAAUCAAAGAAAUAAUUCAGAUGUGUAAUUUAAAAAGCAUACAUUUCUGUAAUAAUAAUAUUUUGAAUGUAAUUUAUAUAUUAGCAAAAAAUAAUAAUAUCAAAGAUGUUCAAAUUAUGUAUAAAUAUUUAAAAAAAAAAAAUACUAUUUCAAAUGAGGAAAUAGAUGUUAUAUUAAAGUUAAUAAGUAUCAAUCACAUACAUAUAGCUGUGAUAGCACUUUCAUGUAUAGGUUUACAUGAUAAACAUCCGCAAUUUGAAAAUGUCAUAAGAUUAAUUUUGGAACACAUAGUUAAUAAUAACAUGGUAAUUAAUGACAUAACAAAAUUACUUACUACUUUUAAAGAUGAAAUGACAUUCAAAAAAUGUUUUUCAAUAUUAAUAUAUUAUUCAUUAAUGAAAAAUAAUGAUCUGUCUCUUCCUUUACUCAAAAUAUUUAAAAAUUAUCAUUUGAUAAAACCACAUUACUUUUGGCCACUUUUAAUUAAUGAAGCAAUUAGACAUAAUUUCCAAGGUAUUUUAGAUAUUCUUAAAAUUAUGAUCAAUGAUUUUAAUGUAUUACCUUGUAUUAAUACAAUUAGUGAAUAUGUUUUACCAUUUAGUUUUGGAGAAAUAUCCUAUACAAAAAAUUUAUUAAUGAAAUAUAAUGUAAAUGAAACAAUGUUCAAUAAUGCUCAUGUAUUAUCGCUGUUGAGGAAAAAAAAGCUAACAGAAGCUGCUACAUACAUGCAAUAUUCCAAAGGUGAAUACUUUUAUAAAAUUAUUGCUCCUGAUCUCAGGUAUGUUUCAUUAUUAAAAAAUGAUCCACAAAAGUUUGUGAAUAUGAGUAAGAUCCUAGUAGAUUCUACAGAUUCAGAUUUGACAUUAAUAUUAAAUAAUAAUAAAUCAUAUAAAACAACAUUUGUAUCUAUGGACAAACAGUUAUAUGAUUUUAUGUUUGAGUUUCCAUCUCAGAAAACAUGGUUGAUAAAGGUAAUAAACAGAUUAAUAAAGUGCAACAUUAUCUUAGAAACUGAAACAAUAGAAAGAAUACGUGAAUUUUUACAUGAAGAAACAACAAAUGACGUAGUGUAUGUUCUUGAAAGUUUAAAAAAAUAAAAUACUGUAAAAGUA